AUGCCAAAACGGGAUCACACUGACCAGGGAGCAAAUUUCCAAAGUAACCUGAUGAAAAAGUUGGACAGGUUGAUCGGAAUCCAACAAUUCAAGACCAUCCACAAGGAAAUGGUCAAUGAAGAGGACACUACAAGUGACGUACAAAACACAAUCCCUCUUAACGUACAACACAGUCCUGUUAACGUACAACACAGUCCUGUUAACGUACAACACAGUCCUCUUAACGUACAACGCAGCCCUGAUAACGUACAACACAGCCCUGUUAACGUACAACACAAUCCUGAUAACGUACAACACAGUCCUGAUAACGUACAACACAGUCCUGAUAACAUACAACACAGCCCUGUUAACUUACAAUACAGCCCUGAUAAAGUACAACACAGCCCUGAUAACGUACAUCACAGCCCUGAUAACGUACAACACAGCCCUGAUAACGUACAACCCAGUCCUGUUAACGUACAACACAGCCCUGAUAACGUACAACACAGCCCUGAUAAAGUACAACACAGCCCUGAUAACGUACAACACAGCCCUGUUAACGUACAACACAGUCCUGUUAACGUACAACACAGCCCUGAUAACGUACAACACAGCCCUGAUAACGUACAACACAGCCCUGAUAACGAACAACACAGUCCUGUUAACGUACAACACAGUCCUGAUAACGUACAACACAGUCCUGUUAACGUACAACACAGCCCUGAUAACGUACAACACAACCCUGAUAACGUACAACACAGUCCUGUUAACGUACAACACAGCCCUGAUGACGUACAACACAAUCCUGAUAACGUACAACACAGUCCUGAUAACGUACAAUACAGUCCUGUUAACGUACAACACAGCCCUGUUAACGUACAACACAAUCCUGAUAACGUACAACACAGUCCUGUUAACGUACAACACAAUCCUGAUAACGUACAACACAGUCCUGAUAACGUACAAUACAGUCCUGUUAACGUACAACACAGCCCUGUUAACGUAAAACACAAUCCUGAUAACGUACAACACAGCCCUGAUAACGUACAACACAGCCCUGAUAACGUACAACACAACCCUGAUAACGUACAACACAGUCCUGUUAACGUACAACACAGCCCUGAUGACGUACAACACAAUCCUGAUAACGUACAACACAGUCCUGAUAACGUACAAUACAGUCCUGUUAACGUACAACACAGCCCUGUUAACGUAAAACACAAUCCUGAUAGCGUACAACACAGCCCUGAUAACGUACAACACAGCCCUGAUAACGUACAACACAACCCUGAUAACGUACAACACAGUCCUGUUAACGUACAACACAGCCCUGAUGACGUACAACACAAUCCUGAUAACGUACAACACAGUCCUGAUAACGUACAAUACAGUCCUGUUAACGUACAACAUAGCCCUGAUAACGUACAACACAACCCUGAUAACGUACAACACAGUCCUGUUAACGUACAACACAGCCCUGAUGACGUACAACACAGUCCUGAUAACGUAUAA